CAGAGAAGGGAGAGGGGCCAGACAGAACAGGAGCAGUCGGACAAGACACUUCGCCAGAGCGUGCAACUGGUGUCACGGGCAACAUAUUUGAAGCAUUCACUGGCAAGCAGGAACAACAACCCCUUGUGAAGCAGCACUAGUUAGCAUGGCUAUGCUACGUCUUCCCCACGCUCUCCUCUGCCUGCUGGUCUCUCUGCUGGUCCUGGCCCUGGUUGCGGUCAGUCAGGCUCAGGCGCCCACCGCGGCGGCCCCCAAGAUCCAGCUGCGUCUGGCGGGCGACCACCGCAAGCACUACGAGGGCCGCGUGGAGGUCUACUACAACGGCGAGUGGGGCACGGUGUGCGACGACGACUUCUCGAUCUACGCGGCGCACGUGGUGUGCAGGGAGCUGGGGUUCCUCGAGGCCACCGCCUGGUCUCCGUCCUCCAAGUACGGCAGAGGGGAAGGUCGAAUCUGGCUGGACAACGUCCACUGCACGGGUAGAGAAAGCUCGCUAGCCGAGUGCCCGUCCAACGGCUUCGGGGUGUCCGACUGCCGUCACACGGAGGACGUUGGCGUCGUGUGCAGCACCAAACGCAUCCCGGGGUUCCAGUACAUCAGCGCAGUCAACAACCACGUGGAGAGUCUGAAUGUGCAGGUGGAGGAUGUGCGGAUCAGGGCGCUGUACUCCAUGAGGAAGCGUGUGCCCAUCACGGAGGGCUUUGUGGAGGUCAAGGAGGGAGGCAAGUGGAGGCAGAUCUGCGACGAGGAGUGGUCAGGCAUGAACGCACGCGUGGUCUGCGGCAUGUACGGAUUCCCUGGAGAGAAGGGAUACAACACCCGGCCCUACAAGCUGUUGGCGCGCAAGCGUAAGAUCACCUACUUUGGCUUCUUGGUGAACUGCACUGGGAACGAGGACCACCUGACGGGCUGUAAGAUGGGUCGCCCCGUCCCCAAGAAGGGCAACAACACCUGCCCCAGCGGAAUGCCCGUGGUGGUCAGCUGUAUUCCUGGACGAGCCUUCGCCCCGACACACUCUUCUGGCUACAGCAAGGCCUACCGCGCCGAGCAACCUCUGGUGCGUUUGAGGGGUGGAGCCAACAUUGGCGAGGGUCGUGUGGAGGUCCUGAAGAAUGGCCAAUGGGGAACCAUCUGCGACGACAGCUGGAACAUGGUGGCUGCCUCAGUGGUGUGCCGUGAGCUGGGUUACGGCAGCGCCAAAGAGGCCCUCUCCGGAGGCAGACUGGGUCAAGGCAUGGGUCCGGUCCACAUGAACGAGGUGCAGUGCUCCGGCUUCGAGAAGUCCCUCACCGACUGCCGCUUCAACCAGCAGUCCAUCGGCUGCAGCCACGAGGAAGACGCCGGCGUCAAGUGUAACGUUCCGGCCAUGGGCUUCAAGAACCGGCUGCGUCUGAACGGCGGGCGGAACCCAACGGAGGGCCGCGUGGAGGUUCUGGCGGAGCGGAACGGAACGCUGGCGUGGGGGACGGUGUGCAGCCAGAACUGGGGCAUCAUGGAGGCCAUGGUGGUGUGUCGCCAGCUGGGCCUCGGAUUCGCCAGUCACGCCUUCCAGGAGACGUGGUACUGGGCGGGCGACGUGUCCGCGGACGCCGUGGUGAUGAGUGGCGUGCGCUGCUCGGGCACCGAGAUGUCUCUGUCGCAGUGCCUCCACCACGGAAAGCACCUCAAGUGCGCCAAGGGAGGCGGCCGCUUCGCCGCUGGAGUGUCCUGCUCUGACACUGCCCCAGACCUGGUUCUGAACGCGGAGGUGGUGGAGCAGACCACGUACCUGGAGGACCGUCCGAUGUACGCGCUGCAGUGUGCCCACGAGGAGCACUGCCUGUCCAGCACGGCCAACGCCGCUGACCACGGCUCCUACCGACGCCUGCUGCGCUUCUCCUCGCAGAUCCACAACAACGGACAGUCGGACUUCCGGCCCAAGAACGGACACCACGCGUGGGUCUGGCACGAGUGUCACAGGCACUACCACAGCAUGGAGGUGUUCACCCACUACGACCUGCUGAGUCUCAACGGCACCAAGGUGGCCGAGGGACACAAGGCCAGCUUCUGCCUGGAGGACACCGCGUGUGACGAGGGUAUUGAGAAGAGGUACGUGUGUGCCAACUUUGGACAGCAGGGCAUCACUGUUGGAUGCUGGGAUACCUACAGGCAUGACAUUGACUGCCAGUGGAUAGACGUCACCGAUGUGAAACCCGGAGACUACAUCUUCCAGGUGGUCAUUAACCCCAACUAUGAGGUGGCUGAGUCGGACUACACCAACAACAUCAUGAAGUGCAAAUGUCGAUAUGACGGCUACAGAAUAUGGACGUACCAGUGCCAUAUAGGUGGAUCACUAAGCACUGACAUGGAUGACAGUCAGUACCCUGGACUUACGAACAACCAGCUUUCAUACAGGUAGAGAAACACGCCUGGACCAGCUGAAGGAGAGAUCGGAGAGAACUAUCGGAAAACGAGUCCCUUGAAAUGACCGGUGCAACUGCAGACAUCAAGAGCAUUCCCAACCACUAGAGGGACUGUGUUACAAUCGUUGUGGUGCUAAAUAUGGAUGAAAUGUUAUUUGAGACUCUACGACCUUACCCCCUUUUGAACAAUAUGUGGACACUUAUAACAAAACAAGCGAAGUGAAUGUAUGUGCUGUACGUGUAUGUGAGUGUGUGUAUAUGUGUCAGUGUGUGAGUGAAUGUGUGUGUUUGUUACCUGAAAAUGGGUGCUAUCUCGUAUCUAAAUUCCACGUUUGGAGUUGCAUUGCCUUAUUUAAGAGACGUUGGUUGACCUCUUCAUCUGAGGGGUCACGUUGGUUGACCUCUUCAUCUGAGGGGUCACCCCCCCUUUUGCACCUGCCAGUGUGAUGAUAGACCUUCCUCUGAAUGUUCGGCUCCAUGGCUAAGACCAAAGAAACAGCAGGGAUACACUCCCACACCAUGGCCCCAGACACCACUAAGCACUGGAGAAUCAUCUAUGAUAUGAUGUUAACAUCAGAGAUGUCAGAGAUCAUACCAUUCUUCUUUUUUUUAUUAUUUUAAAUACAUUCAUAUUUCUGCAUUAGUUUGCCUUUUUGUCAUUGUACGCAGCAUAGAUCGUCAUCAUAAUCGCUCUCAUCCUCCCUACAGCUGUGGCUCGGUAGGCUCCCAGCGCUCAACCCUUAAGCCUCCUCGUCCUGUUUCAUGUUAUUCCUAGUUCUUCUUUUCUACAACGAGCAUGCCAAGUUAACUUAUUGACAUCAGUCAGGGAUUUUGAGUAUUUUUGUUUUGUUUGUUUCUCCUGUAGAGAUGACAGGAAGUGAAACCACCUCACCUUGUUAUGUAUACAUUCUGUGGGUCGUGUCGUCGUGCACCUGGGCCCUCCGUUUUGGAGGGGGCCUUUCGCCCUGCGACCAGUUGAAUGGUCGUGAUAAAUCGUGACGCGUUGCACGGAGUGUGUAUGCUUGAAUGGGAUGACGAGAAGGUGGAAUCCCAUUGUGCUUCAUGUACUGUUUUCUGUAAUAAAAGUGAAAAUGUUUGCA